GCCAAGAAACUACCAGACUUAGGUCGGCGCUCCUUUCUUUCUCACAUCUCAAUUGUUGCAGCGAGCAAGAACAAAUGGCCUAUAAAAAUUUCGUGUCCAAAUCAACAACAGUUAACUUUACCGUGGCCGUUGAAGAAAAAGGCGAACCAACCUCCUCCCCCCACCCCACCGCCUUCAAGAUUUUUAUCGUAACACUUUGUCGGCAUAAACCCUUAGAAAAACCCCUCCCAGCUCAUGUGUUUCUCUUUAAACCAAAACCCAUAGCUCUUUUUGUUUACCUCCAAAAAUCAAAUGAACCCAGAAGACGAAAAACGCUCCCCCAAUUCCCCUCCUAACCCACCCCAAACGUUGCCUUUCCCUUCUCCAUUAAUGGAAUUGGAGACAUCUGGAACAUCAGCACCAGCAGAAACGGAGUUUAUUGGAGUGCCUCGGCCUUUGGAAAUUCUUCAGGGGAAUCCAGUACCGCCUUUUCUGUCGAAAACGUUUGAUUUAGUCGAUGACACGUCGUUGGAUCCGAUCAUCUCUUGGGGUCCGACGGGAGAGAGCUUUGUGGUUUGGGACCCGCUCGAGUUCUCCAGGCUGAUACUUCCUCGGAAUUUCAAGCACAAUAAUUUCUCCAGCUUUGUUCGUCAGCUUAAUACUUAUGGGUUUCGCAAAAUUGAUACUGAUAAGUGGGAAUUUGCCAAUGAAGCUUUUCAGCGAGGGAGGAGGCAUCUUUUAAAGAACAUUCAGAGGCGUAAGUCACCUCAAUCACAACAGGUUGGUAACUAUUUUCGAGCUUCUACUGAAGCUGAAAGGUCUGGAUUGGAAGGCGAAAUAGAAAGGUUGAGGAAGGAGAAGAGUGUGAUGAUGCAGGAAGUAGUGGAUCUGCAGCAGCGGCACCAGGGUACAGCUCGAGAUGUGGAAGUAGUGAAUCGGAGGCUUCAAGCAGCAGAAAAAAGGCAGAAGCAAAUGGUUUCAUUCUUAGCGAAGUUAUUUCAGAAUCCUGCUUUCUUAGCACGCCUUAAACAAAAGAAGGAACAGGGAGAAUUUGGUUCUCUAAGGAUGAGGAGGAAGUUUGUCAGGCACCAGCAGCUUGAACUGGUCAAUUCAGAACCACCUGUUGAAGGGCAGCUUGCAGAGUACAAACCUGAUUGGAGGAACCUUGCUAUAUCCUCUUUAGCCACAGACUCAAAUCCAAUUUCUGUUGAACAAUCUCCAGAUUAUCUACCUGAAGGUAUAGAAGGAAUUGAUUUAGGUGCAGAAUGCUUGCCAUUUCAAAUUGAUAAUGAAAUAGUUGUGUCUGAUGAGUUAGCAGUUGCGGAUGGAUAUAUUAGAACCUUGGAGCUUGUUGGAGAGGGUACAUCAGCCUUGGGAAGCAAAGAUUCCCAUUUCAAAGGGAAGAACAUAAUCGGCUCAGAACAAGAGGUUAAUCCAGGGUAUUUAGUCUCUUUCCCAGAGGAAUUGGUGAAGCAUAAGAGCUCCUCAGAGUUCUCUUCUUCUAUUGGUGAAAUUGUUGCUAAACAAGAGGAUAUAUGGAGCAUGGGUUUUGAUGCCACUGCUGGUAUGUCUAGUUCUAGCAAUGAGUUAUGGGGUAAUCUUGAAAGCUAUGACAUUCCAGAGUUGGGAGUGACUGGCGAGUUAUCUGAUGUCUGGGAUCUGGGAUUUGUACAAACAGCUGAGGAUUCAGGCACUGAUAAAUGGCCAACUGAGGAAUCUCCUUGUGAUAAUCCGGAGACUGAGAGUCUAGCUGGCCAGCCAGAAGAUAAUAGGUCUAAGAAGACUGAUUAAUAAGAGGGUUCAUUUGCUUUGGCAGAUGAUGCCUUUGUGGAUCAUAAUUAUUUUCAGUUACUAGGAUGAAGGGUCUUUUGGACAAUUGAUUUAUGAACAUAUUAAGUGAAUGCAGAUUCUUUUUUCUAAUAUAUAUUAUUAGCAGUACAGGUUUCUGUUCUUUUUUUUUCUUGAGUUUUGAUUGGGAGGCGUGGUAGUAUCUGUUAUAAGCUAACUCUUGUGAAUCGAUUUUUUUAUGUUGCUGUGCUAUAUAAGGGGUUGCACUUGAAAAUGCAGGUUUUCCCACUUAAAGAUACGUUUGAGUUAUAUCACUGCAGGUUGAGUUGAAGUAUUACUCAUCCAUAUGGUUUGGUGGCAUAUUCUUAAUCCCCUAUCUGGCAGGACUGGCUUGUGAAUGUCCGGUAAGAAAUGACAUCUUGAUUAUUGUUUUUCUGUGGUUGCAUUAUUGUCAGUCACUUGCAUGACUUCAGAACUUGAUUGACAAUUUCACCAUGGGUGUAGGGUUUGCUUCAUUUGUUGGUAUGUAUAUAUUCUUUUAAACCAUUUGUAACUGGCUAUUUAUGCGAUUGUUUAUGACUGUUAGAUAGAUAUCCUGAGUAACCUUGUAUUUGUGUACUUGGCAUCUAAUCUAGUGUAUUUGAAUAAUUAGUUGAAGAAUUCAGAAGCCUCAGGAAGUAGUGUAAUUCUCAGAGAAAUUUGAUGCGUGCCUGGUCCUCAAUAUGUGUAUCGGCAGAUUGUAAAUGUUAGGAAUGUUUUAAUAUUUUGUCACUUUGCUUUCGGCUAAUCAAAAUGUUGAGUUAUGUGCUUCCAUUGGUGCCAUAUCUGCAUGUUUGUUUUAGAAGUCAUCACUUAUGUAAAAAUCCUCUACAAGCCAUAUCGUAUUCCUAUAGAUGCAGGUUGUCGAGCUGUGAUGAACAGGGUCAGAGGGAUCAACUAUUGAUGAACGAUCUCCAGCAACAUUCGCAACUGCUACAAUUUUCUUGCUUUUAUAAAUUCUGUGCCAGAUGUUGGGAUUAAGAGUACCCAUGGUCUGGUACAAGGGCUACCAUAUAUAUAUAUAUAUUUACUUCUUUUGGUUUGGAUAAGUGGUAGAAAGGCAAUGGUUUCUUCCGUCGGUAACGGAUUAUUACAACCAUUGCACUUC